AUUUUGUCAACACAACACAACACAACACAACACAAGAUGGACCUUUGGGUCUUUAUGGUCUAAAAAAAACCAUUAUAACAAAGAAAGAUGUUCCCUCCAUCUCGUUUCUUUCUUUCUUUCUUCUUUUCUCUUUCUCUUUCAUCGUCUCCUUCUUACUUUUCUACCCCAUACUACUUAUCUUUUUCUUCAUUUUCUUUCUUUCCCGCUAAUCUCUCGUCGUUCACAACAUCAGGUACUCUUUCCUUUUCCCUUUUUUUUGUUGUUUUGAUCUCCAUGAAAAAGAGACAGAGAAGAACAAGGACCAACACUUGCUCCCUGUCUUCUCCCUCUCUUCCUCUCGUUUCUUUUCAACAAGAACCAGCUCUAUUCUUUUGUUUUUCCCAAAUUACACCUGUGUACAACGGUUAGCAAAAGAUCCUCCUCACCCCCUUUUUUUGUCCAAUCCCCUGGCAAACAACAACCGCUGAACAAACAUCCAUGACAUCGUUUUAUUUAUAAUCUUGGAGACGAACGAAGGUGCUCCAUUACUGAUCUGUGAGCGAGAGUUGCUUUCUUCGUCUUGUCUGGCAACCUAUCAUCGUCAUCAUUUCGUCAGCUCUUCCCUA